GAAACUCAGCGUAAACAGUCUGUUUUCAGAGUUUUCAUUCUUCGUGCUAAAGUUAGCGCUUUUACGUUCUUAACCCCUUCUUUUUUCUAUUCCACGCCAUUAUUUCUCUCCCCUUCCUUUUUGGCUUUUCCGUCUCCGCUCCCCCCGAAUUUCUAUUGUCCUUAUUUACGAGGAGGUCUCUAUGUCACGCUUUCACGUCUCCAUCACUCCUGAACCCGAUUCCCAGUCAUCUGUCAACAAAAAGGGCAACCAAUUCCAUUCAUCUGGUCUUCCGUACGCAACCCCAUACUCCAACAGUCAUCUAAGCAUGUCCAGCAGCCAUAACAAGUACUCGGUGCUUUUGCCCACCUACAAUGAGCGCGACAAUCUGCCAAUUAUUAUUUGGCUGAUUACAAAGACCUUCCAGGAACACAACCUGGACUAUGAAAUCAUCAUUAUCGACGACAACAGUCCCGAUGGUACCUUGGAGAUUGCCAAGCAGCUGCAAAAAGUGUAUGGCGAGAACCACAUUGUUCUGCGUCCGCGUGCGGGCAAGCUCGGUCUGGGCACUGCGUACAUUCACGGAAUUCAGAACGCCACAGGUAACUUUGUCAUCAUUAUGGAUGCCGAUAUGUCGCACCACCCGAAGGCUAUUCCCGAGUUUAUUCGUAAGCAGAAGGAGCGCGACUAUGAUAUUGUCACGGGCACGCGCUAUGCCCCCGGCGGUGGUCCCCGGGUGUCCGAUCUUACGGGCUCGUUCCGCCUGUACAAGAAGGACGUGCUGCACCAGAUCAUUAACGCCACGGUGUCCAAGGGAUAUGUGUUCCAGAUGGAGAUGAUGGUCCGCGCCAAGCAAUUCAACUUUUCGGUUGCCGAGGUGCCCAUCACCUUUGUUGACCGCGUGUAUGGCGAGUCCAAGCUUGGUGCCAAUGAGAUUGUCGGCUACCUGAAGGGCCUGUGGAUGCUGUUCACUUCGGUAUAAGCGGAGGCUUUUUUGUAGUAAAACUGGUGUUUUGCUUUCCCCUUUUUUAUCUAUAUUUCUCCGUAAAUUCAACUACAUUUGACGAUUA